AUGGCCGACGCGAUCCCCGCCCCGCCGACCGAACAGGUCGCCAACCUACAACUGGACGAAGUAACCGGCGAGAUGGUAUCCAAGACGGAGCUCAAGAAGCGCAUCAAGGCGCGACAGCGCGAGGCCGAAAAGGCCAAGAAGGCAGCCAACGCGCCUGCGCAACCCGCAGCGAAGAAGCAGGCGUCCGCUGGCGCCGCCGCGAGCGCCGAGGCGGCUGAGAAGGAGCUGACGCCGAACCAGUACUUCGAGAUUCGAAGCCGCAACAUCAACAAGCUGCGGGAGACCAAGAACCCGAACCCGUACCCGCACAAGUUCCACGUGACGUAUGAUCUGGCUAAGUUUGCUGAGGAGUUUGGGUAUCUUAAGAGCGGGGAGACGGCGAGGGAUAAGGUGAUUCAGGUUGGUGCGAGGGUUUUCACCAAGAGGUCUUCGGGGUCGAAGUUGUUUUUUUAUGAUGUGAGGAAUGAGGGGGUUAAGGUGCAGGUUAUGUGUCAGGCGCAGGAAGCCAAGGAGGGGGGUGUUCCGUUUGAGGCGCAGCAUGAGCAUUUGAGGAGAGGCGAUAUUAUUGGUAUCGUCGGUUUCCCUGGACGGACUGCCCCCAAGUCGAGGCUUGCCAAGGGUGAGGAGGGAGAGCUCUCUAUCUUUGCUACCGAGGUCGUCCUCCUUACGCCGUGUUUGCACGCCAUUCCCGAUGAGCACUACGGCUUCAAGAACCAUGAAGAGCGCCACCGCAAGCGGUAUCUUGAUCUCAUCAUGAACGAUUCCACACGCAAGACCAUUAUCACCAGGGCCAAGAUCAUUACCUACAUUCGUCGAUUCUUCGAGGACCGCGACUUCGUCGAGGUUGAGACCCCUGUCCUCAACGCCAUUGCUGGCGGCGCUACGGCCAAGCCCUUCGAGACGCAUCACAACGAUCUUGAUAUGCAGAUGUACAUGCGUAUCGCUCCUGAGUUGUACCUUAAGAUGCUCGUCGUUGGUGGUCUCAACAAGGUGUUUGAGAUUGGCAAGCAGUUCCGAAAUGAGGGCAUUGACUUGACCCAUAACCCCGAAUUCACCAGUGUUGAAUACUACGAGGCUUUUGCCGAUUUCCACGAUGUCGCCAAGAGGACUGAGGAGCUGCUCUCUGGUCUCGUCAAGGCCGUCACCGGCAGCUACAUCACCCGCUUCACCAACCAGCAGGGCAAGGAGUUCGAGAUCAACUGGGAGGCGCCCUGGCCCCGUCUCGACAUGAUUCCCGAGCUUGAGAAGGCGACCGGAGAGAAGUUCCCUCCUGGCGACCAGCUUCACACUGAAGAGACCAAUGCCUUCUUGCAGAAGGUGCUCAAGAAGAUGAACGUCGAGUGCACGCCGCCCCUUACCAAUUCGCGAAUGAUUGACACGCUGGUUGGAGAGUAUCUCGAGUCUCAGUGCAUAUCGCCUACCUUCAUCAUGGGCCAUCCCCAGGUCAUGUCUCCGUUGGCCAAGUAUCACCGCGAUCAGCCCGGUCUUUGCGAGCGAGCCGAAGUGUUUGUGGCCACCAAGGAGAUUGCCAACUUCUACACCGAGUUGAACGAUCCUUUCGACCAGAGGUUGCGAUUCGAGGAGCAGGCUCGUCAGAAGGCCGCCGGUGACGACGAGGCUACGCUCAUCGACGAGAACUUCUGCACAUCCCUAGAAUACGGUCUGCCUCCUACCGGUGGAUGGGGUCUUGGAGUUGACCGACUCGUCAUGUUCUUGACCAACAAUUACUCCAUCCGCGAGGUCAUCGCCUUCCCUUUCAUGAAGGAGGAGCAGAAGAGGGAGGAGAAGAAGCUCGCCGCGGAAGUGGUCGGCGUCGAACCCGUUCCCAUCGAGGAAGUCCCUCGCAAGUAG